CUUCCGGCUUCCUCCGUCGUUGUUCCGGUUGUUGGUCCUCUGGUAAGAGGUCCGGUAAUUUUGCGUGGAAACAAAGGUACUGGAGCGGGCGCGAGAGGAGACGCUGUCUUCACGGGAGAGAGGCGGGGCUGAGGCCAAGCGACGCCGCCUGGGGGCCCAGGGAUCGGAACCGCCGCCUCUCCCGCCGCGCCCGGCCCCGCGGCUCCCACAGAGUCCGAUGGCGGCGGCCGCGCUCAGCAGCCCGGCCCAGUGCAGGGUGACCUUUGAAGACGUGGCUGUGUACUUCUCCUGGGAGGAGUGGGAUCUCCUUGAUGAGCUUCAGAGAUGCCUGUACCAGGAUGUGAUGCUUGAAAACUUGGCACUUAUAACCUCCUUGGGUUGCUGGCGUGGAGCAGAAGAUGAAGAGGCCCCUUCUGAGCCGUGUAUAUCUGUACAAGGAGUGUCACAGGUCAGGAUUCCCAAGGCAGGUGUGUAUCCCAAGAAGACCUGUCCCUGUGAGAUGUGUGGCCCAGACUUGAGAGACAUUUUGCCCUUGACUGAACACCAGGUAACACAUUGUGGGCAGAAUCUGUACAAGAUGGGGGCAUGUGAGAGACAGUUGCAUUUGAGGGCAAAACUUCAGCAUCAGAAGCAGCACAUUGAAGAGACAUGCUUCAGAAGCCACAUGAGCAGAGCCUGCAAGUUCCGUAUGUUAGAGAGGCCCUUUUUCUGUGGGGAGGUGAGGGACUUCCAAGACAGUUCGGAAUUCCUCCAGCAUCAGGCCACACACAGCAGGGAGAAGUCAACCAGGAGAACUGAGCGUGGGGUAGGCGUUUAUGGAGAAGAGAGUCACUACAACUCAGAAUUCAUGAAAGACCUGAGUUGCAAACGCACACUCGUUCAGCGCCAGAGAGUUCUCACCAGAGAAAGAUGCUACAUGUGCAGAGAAUGUGGGAAAUCUUUCAGCAAAAGCUACAGCCUCAAUGACCAUUGGAGAGUUCACACUGGGGAGAAACCUUAUGAAUGUGGGGAAUGUGGGAAAUCCUUUAGGCAAAGCUCUAGCCUCAUUCAACACCGGAGAGUUCACACUGGAGCAAGGCCUCACGAGUGUGAACAGUGUGGAAAAUUAUUUAGCAACAAGUCCAAUCUCAUUAAACAUCGGAGAAUUCACACUGGAGAAAGGCCAUAUGAGUGCAGUGAAUGUGGGAAAUCUUUUAGUGAAAGCUCUGCGCUCCUCCAACACCGGAGUGUUCACACUGGAGAAAGGCCUUAUGAGUGCAGUGAAUGUGGGAAAUUCUUUACCUACCACUCCAGCCUCAUAAAACACCAGAGAGUUCACUCUGGAUCAAGGCCCUACAAAUGCAGUGAAUGUGGAAAAUCCUUUACUCAAAACUCCAGCCUCAUUGAACACCGUAGAGUUCACAGUGGAGAAAGGCCCUACAAGUGCAGCGAAUGUGGGAAGUCUUUUAGCCAAAGCUCUGCACUUCUUCAACAUCGGCGAGUUCACACUGGAGAAAGGCCCUAUGAGUGUAGUGUAUGUGGGAAAUUCUUUACUUACAGCUCCAGUCUCUUAAAACACCAGAGAGUACAUACUGGAUCUAGGCCUUAUGAGUGCAGUGAAUGUGGGAAAUCCUUUACUCAGAACUCCAGCCUCAUUAAACACAGGAGAAUUCACACAGGAGAAAGGCCCUAUGAGUGCAGUGAAUGUGGGAAAUCUUUUAGCCACAGCUCUAGCCUCAUAAAACACCGAAGAGUUCACACUGGAUAAAGGCUUUAUGCUUGCAAUGAAUUCAGGAAAUUGUUUAGCCAUAGUUCCAACUUCAGUGACUAGUACUGUUCACACUUUAUGAGUGAAAUUAUGAAAUCUUUAUGACUAUGAAAUUAAACUCCAGAAUUCACAGUGGAGAAACACCUUACAGGUGCAGUGAAUGGGAGAAAGCCUUCAGCCAAAGGACUUACCACAUUGGAUACACCCGUGCUCUAACAUGGGAGAUCUAUUAAAUGCGCAGGUAUAUGCUCUUGCUGUAUGCAAAAACACCGAAGAAGAGCCCUUGGGAAGGUGCCGUUUUCCUAUAUUGAACUUCAUACAUCCAAAUACCAGGUAUGUGGGAACUGCAUCAUACUUUUUAACCAAUCCAGGUGCCAGAUCGAU